AUGCAUGAAAUCUGUGGUAACCGGAAGCGUCUGAAGAAGAUACAGGCCAACAACGCGAAAGCCAUGAGUGCACGUGCUGAGGCUGUCAAGGCCCUUGUGAAGCCCAAGGAUGUUAAGCCCAAGAUGCCAAAGGGUCCCAACAGCAAGCUCCGCUGGCUUGCUUUCAUUGCUCACCCCAAACUUGGGAAGCGGAUUCGUGGCUACAUGGCUAAGGGUCGCAGGCUCUGCCGACCAAAGGCCAAGGCUGGGGCUGCAGCUCCAGCUAAGACCCAGGCUCCAGCUGCAGCUAAGACCCAGGCUGCAGCUCAGGCUCCCAAAGGUACCCAGGCCCCUGUGAAGGCCCCACAAUAAAGGUCUGCCAACGUGAAGACAGAUGGACUGGUGUGACCUCCCUCCCC